AUGUCUCCCAACUCCUACAUUGCCCCAGGAAAAAAAGACUUUGCACCAAGAAUGUACACACCUAGUAGGCUCAUCAAGAAACAAGAUCUUUGGGGCGGUGAUGAGCUGACUGGCAAUCGAAAGCCGUCGCUUCUGCCCGCCGGAUAUGCCCUUGCGGAUGGGUGUGCCAACAAUGGUGUGAGCUUGAUUUUGCAACCCGAACGCAAACAGGAGCUGGUCAACGCGCCGCCUUCGCUCAUGACCUGGGAUUGUGCUUGA